GUCGAGAACCUCCGGCGCGAGAACGCGCUGGUCAAGUCGAUGUGGUACGACAUGAACCAGCGACUACUGAGCAACACGGUUAUCCUGCAAAGACGCAGCGAAGCACCCAAAGGCUGGCUCGGAAAACAGCGAGCCGCUGUUGGAGGAGGU